AUGGGCACCCUGCUCCUCGUCUCGGCCCUCUUGGUCUGGCCUCUGAGAUCAGGGGCACAAGGCGACCAGCUGCCCCUCACCGAGCACCUGGACCAGGACCAGAACGUCACCCUGAGGUGGGGGUUUGAUGAGACUCGGGACGAGAUCACAUUCGAGUUGACCGUGAAGACCACGGGGUGGGUCGGACUGGGGUUCAGCCCCAACGGGGGCAUGGCUGGGGCGGAUAUUGUCAUCGGAGGGGUUUCCCCGAAUGGAAGUACAUAUUUCACGGACCGUCAUGCUGUGGGGCAAUCACUCCCCCUGGUGGAUGCACGGCAGAGUUACACUCUCUUAUCUCUUGCUGAGGCUGACGGCCAAACGACCAUGAAGUUUCAGAGAUCCAUUCAAUCCUGUGAUGCUGAUGACUUUGCGAUCUCUACAUCCCCCAUAAAGCUGAUCUAUGCCUUUGGCUUGACUGAUGAAAUCAAGUACCAUUCCAGCCGUAGAGGGACGAAGGAAGUGAAUCUGCUGAAGUAUUCGCCCCGGACCAGCUCCACGGGCGGCAGUUACUUUGACAUUACAGCCAAUAAUUUUACUGUCCCCUCAGUUCACACAUACUACCACUGUCGGAUUGUCAAACUGCCAACGCUUGGUUCGAAGCAUCAUGUCUAUCGGAUCGAGCCUGUCAUCCAAAAUCCCGACCUCGUCCAUCACAUGCUGCUGUAUUACUGCAGUCCCAGCGUCAAUGAGACUCUCACAGGAAUGUGCUACUCGGCACAACUCCACGCUUUCCACAUGUGCAUGGGUGCCAUGGCCACGUGGGCCAUAGGGGGAGGGGGAUUUGAUAUUCCGGAAGCUGCCGGCAUUUCCAUUGGAGGAGAUAAUGAUGUGUCUUACUACAGAUUGGAAAUUCAUUACAACAAUCAAGAACAAGUUUCAGGGCGCAUAGACGACUCCGGCCUACGUUUCCAUUAUACACCGGUCCUCCGACAGUAUGACGCAUCCAUCCUGAGCGUCGGACUAAUUGUGGACAAAUCAUACGUCAUCCCCCCAAAUGCCACAUCUUUUAAAAGCUAUGCCCUAUGCAAAACUUCACUUAUCUCCCAGCUUCUGCCUAGUCCUGUUCCUGAUCUGAACAUCUUCAUGGUCAUGCUGCACACUCACCUGGCUGGAAGGAAGAUUAGGGUGGGCCACUUCAGGAAUGGGGAGCAGAUUGACUUCCUGGCUUUGGACGAACACUACGAUUUUGAAUUACAGCAGGCAUUGUUCCUGGGGAAGAUAAAAAAUGUAAAACUGGGAGAUGAACUUGUGGUGGAAUGCACAUACAACACUGUCAAUCGCACCAGACUCACAGAGCUAGGACUGGCAACCACAGAUGAGAUGUGCUUUGCCUACAUGUUCUAUUAUCCAGCCAUUGACAUCAACAACUGCUGGAGUAUACCAGACAUAGGCAGCAUAGACACUGCCAACAACCACGCAGUGCAGAUCGGAUACAUCCCCGAGCUGAAGGCCACUCCCUCCGUGGACUGCAGAGCAGUCCAGGGCGCGGUGACACCUGCGGCAGGCGCCGCGACCGCGCACACUCCCGGAAUCACGCUGCUGCUCUGGCUGGCCGCGCUGCGUCUCCUGUGA